AUGGCGGGGAUUCACCCAACGAUGGCAGGGAGGAGGAGAGCAGGAGCCGCGGGGAUGGAUUACCUCACCCGAACCGACGACGGGUACCAGCCAGGAGUCGACAGGGUCCAGCGAUCGCAGAUGAAGAAAGAGACCAGAUCCCGCUCCAUUUCUCCUCAGGGAAACUGCGGAAGAUCGAGCCAAGAGAGCUUUAACUCUCACCAGCUGGCCGCUGUGUUUGCCAUGGCGGCGCCGGCGUUUACGCCGGGGAAGUGGAGCGAGGGUGCGGCGAAGGUGAGAAGGUGUCCCGGGGAGGUGAAACAGUUUAAACGUCUUGUGACCGCAGUGAUCGGGAUCUAA